AUGGCAACCGCAGGCUCUGGGUUGGAGACCAGUUCUUCGAGAGUUGAUCCACCGCAGUCGUUAAGGCCUCUUGAGGCAGGCAUGGGCAACAAACGCAUUCGAAAAUGGAAAUUGUCUGCGACGAAGAAGAGCGAAGCAGCAGGCGUGGACGUCCCUUCUAAAACGCCCUUCACCCCUAUGAUUCUCCUCGUCGUCAGCUUCACUUCGCUUACAGGUCUUCUGAUGGGCUACGAUCUUUGCGUCGUGGCAGUCGUCCUCAGCGAGAUCCAGAAACACUUCAGCCUUUGCGGGGGCAGUUUUUCGUGCUUGGCCAAGUCCAUGUUCGUCUCCGUUCUCGCCCCUGGAGCAGCCGUGGGCAGCGUUAUGGGCGGAUGGAUGUCUGACCGCAUUGGUCGCAAACCCGGCUUGGCUCUCAGCGACGUCUGCCUCCUUUUCGGCAGCAUUGCCAUGGGCGCCGGCGAGGCGUUUUGGGUCAUGCUUCUUGGCCGCUUUCUUAUCGGCAUGGGAGUGGGAUUGGGCUUCGUCGUCUACGCCACUUACACGAGCGAGGUUGCGCCGCCAGAUCGCCGUGGACAGAUUGUCGCGUUUCAGGAAGUCGCCCAGUGCUUUGGCUGUCUAGUCGCGUAUGCUGCGGCGGCGUGCUUCGGCGAAGAUGCCUGGCGGUAUCUGCUCGGAAUGGGCGGCAUUCUCGCGGGAGUUCAGAUUGUGGGCGAGAUUUUCAUCUUGCCGGAGACGCCCCGAUUCUUCGUCCAGAAAGGCCAGGAGGAUCGGGCGGCAGCGUCGUUACGAAGACUGGGCGUGACAGAUGAAGCAGAAGUCGCUUGCAUCAUUGAAGAGCUCAAGGCUGACCGCGACAGCUUCGAGGACGAGAUUGGGGAGCCCGAUGUGGCCUUGACUGACGCCUCCGGCAGGACGUCUUCUCUCGCGAAAAUGCGAAGGCAGUGCAAGAAUGCUCUCAGUCGAUUGCACCGGCACCGCAGGAGCCUGUUCAUCGCUGUCGGUUGCGCAGUUGCCCAAAACAUGACUGCUGCGAACAGCGUGAUCUACUUCACCGUCGACAUCUUCCGCCUUGCUGGAGUCUGUAAUCCCCUGAUUCCUGGCGUUGGGGUUGGCGUUGUCAAGUUUCUUGGCGUCGUGGUCUGCAUUCUCCUCGUCGAUCGGUGGGGCCGGCGGUCGCUUCUGCUCACGGGGACUGUUGGGACGUUCCUUUGUCUCCUUCUGAUGGCUACGGGUUUUGCGCUACAGGGUGAAGGCGCAGCAGAGGCUGCACAAGAAGCCUGUGCGGCCGCAGGAGGAACGAACGACGGGAUCUCAGGUUCCGCGAAACUCCUCAUUUCCACUCUUCUCUUCUAUAUCUACUUCUGGAACAUGAGCUGGGCUGCCCUAAUGUUUGUUGUCGCCAGCGAGGUCUUGCCGACACGGUUGCGAGGGCUCGGCAUGGGGAUGACCAUCACCACGUUCUGGCUCUUCUCCUUCGUUGUCCAGUCCUCGCUAGAACCUCUGUUCUCGGCCGUUACGAUUCCAGGCACGUUUGGUUUAUUUGCGUUUUUGAACUUCUUCGCGCUCCUGUUCGUCGUCUUCGUUGUCCCCGAGGGCAAGGGACGAUCGCUCGAAGAGGUGCAAAGGGCGAGCGGGGCGCGCAAGUCCCCGUCUCUCGGUCCGUCGCGCAGCCCCUGCAGAUCGCCAGAGAAAGCGAUGGACGCUGGACGGCAGCGCUCUUCGCCGCCUGAGUGCGAGUUGCGCAUCCUCGGGGAGGAAGGCAAAAGCGAAAGGAAGGGGGAAGGCGACGAGGAAAGUUCACCGAACAGACAGACGCACGCAACCGCGAGCCUUCUCGAUUUCGGGGAAGCGCCGACAAAACCCGAGAAGUGA